GGAGAGAACUACAAGCGCACGGCGCGUGGACUACAAAGUGCCGGGGGCGUGCGCGCUGCGAGUCCCGAGACCUUUAAAUGCUGUGUACGUGCAAAGAUGGCAGCUGAAGUGGAGCUGGUGCGAGAGAAAGUGGGAGACGAGCAGGUGAGGGACAGUCUGCAGAGAUUUAUCAAGGAGAGGAAGAGGAGGAAGAGGAAGAGGGAGCUGUCAGCGGACAGGCUGGAGAGGAGCGAGGAAGAGGCGAAGAGAGUGAAGCUCCAUCAUCAUCACCACCAUCACCAUCACCACCACCAGCAGCAGCAGCAGCCACACGCUGAGCACCGGAGCCUGCAGCCGCAUCAGCUGCUGCACAAACCCCACAGCGUGGAGAAGCAUGUCCUGCACCACCACCACCACCACCACCAGCAGCAGAGCCUCACCGGCGGGGCGAAGAGGAGCCUGCAGCCGGCUCUUCCUCCUCCUGCUCCCCGCCCCCCUCCUCCUCCUCCUCCGGUGCAGCUGCAGAAGAAGCGAGCCCCGGAGCCUCCUGCGCUCUUCACGUUCACGCCUCUCAAAGUGGUCAAGGCCAAAGAGGAUCCGAGGGAGAAGCACCGGGACGCAGAGCUCCGGCUGCAGCUGAAGAAGGAGAACACCGAGGCCAACGUGAAGCACGAGCUGAAGAGGAAGAAGGAGCCGAGGCCUCACGACGAGAACAUCCAGUCCCUGACGCUGGAGGAGUAUCUCCUGAAGAAGAGGAAGAAGAAGAAGAAGCAUGAGGAAGAGCACCGAGCCAAGAAGGUCCGGCACAUGCACAACAAAGCAGUUCAGACCGUGGGAGCCGAUCUCAGCCUGACGAUCCGCCCUGAAACAUCUCGGCCUGGCGCGGUGCAGCGCGAGAGCCAUCGCCAGCCGAGCAGAGACACUAUCGCCAACCACCAACCCUACCUCCAUGCUCUCAAACUGGGUCACGUCCCCUUCCUGUCCCACCAGGACCACCACAUCCGCAGCUCCUCCCUGCAGACGGGCACCUGGUACGGACGCCUCAUGCACGAGGAACGGCAAGCCAACGGCGGAGGAUCCGUCCUGCACGCCUAUUCUGACGAGCUGGCCUGUCUCAGUCCGGCUGAGAUGGAGAGCUUUGCCCAGGAGUUCCUGGAGUUGGCCUUCGCCGAGAAGCCCAGAGGAGCAGCCUCCUAUGCCCUGGCGGUGGUGCACAGGGCGGCCGCCUACCUGCCGGACUUCCUGGACUACUUCGCCUUCAACUUCCCCAACACGCACGUCAAGAUGGAGAUAUUGGGCAAGAAAGACAUUGAGACCACGACCAUUGCCAACUUUCACUCUCAGGUGAACCGGACUUACUGUUCAGGAACCUAUCGGGCUGGACCCAUGAGGCAGAUCAGUUUGGUCGGAGCUGUGGAUGAGGAAGUUGGAGACUUUUUCCCGGAGUUCCUCGACAUGCUGGAGGAAUCCCCUUUUCUCAAGAUGACCCUGCCUUGGGGAAGCCUCUCCAGCCUGAAGCUGGACUGCCGCUCUCAGAGUGACGAUGGGCCGAUCAUGUGGGUGCGACCGGGGGAACAAAUGGUUCCCACCGCUGACAUGCCCAAGUCUCCUUUCAAGCGACGCAGGUCAAUGAAUGAGAUUAAAAAUCUGCACUAUCUGCCGAGGGCCAGCGAACCCAGAGAGGUUCUGUUCGAGGACCGGACGAAGGCCCACGCCGACCACGUGGGUCAGAGUUUCGACUGGCAGAGCACUGCAGCUGUUGGCGUGCUGAAGGCCGUGCACUUUGGAGAAUGGAACAACCGACCUCGGAUAACCAAAGAUGUGGUGUGUUUCCAGGCGGGAGACUUCAAUGAAGUCGUCCAGAGGCUGCAGCUCGAUCUGUACGAGCCCCCAGUGUCUCAGUGUGUCCAGUGGGUGGACGACGCCAAGCUCAACCAGUUGAGGAGGGAAGGAAUCCGCUACGUCCGUGUCCAGCUCUGUGACGACGACAUUUACUUCAUCCCACGGAACGUCAUCCACCAGUUCAAGACGGUGUCUGCGGUGUGUAGCCUGGCCUGGCACAUCCGUCUCAAACAGUACCAUCCGGAGGACAAGGUCAAGGAGGAGGAGCAGCAGCAGCAGUGCAGCGAUAUCAGCCCCACCACAGGCCGGGUGUCUUUUUCCUCCCCCGCCAGGCCGGACGCCACCCUCACCCCGUGUGCCAGACCGCAGGGUGACAACACCAGAGGCGGAGUGGCCAAGACCGAAGAACUGGAGUUCCAGAGGCCGGCGACACCUCCCCGGGAGCCUCAGCCGGCACCGCCACAACCCACCAAGUCCACUCGCUCGCCCCCAACUUACCAGGGUCUCCACUUUUCCCUGGCACCAGUCCACUCUGGCUGCACGCCGUCAAAAGUGCCGACACUUCCAAAAGCGUUUGGCCACAGCACGCGGUUCCACGAAUGAUCUUUCUCCUCCGAUGAAAAACCUCUCUCCACUGUGGGACGAGCAAAUGUGCAGAAGUUUUACACUAAAACUGAAAACUGAACGUCAAUCAGGAAGCAUUUCGAUUUGAGUUAUUCUUCACGUAUUUUUAAAAGUCUUUAAAUGUGGGGUUAAAAUGUUUUUUUGUUUUUCAGACAACAAUAAGUUCUCUUAUUGUCCUUCACCUGAACUGGAACUCUCUGCUGUCUCAAUGAAUAAGUGUGUAUCAUGUAAAGAAGCUUUUAUUUUUAGACUGACAAUGCAAGUUGCAGCACUUGCUUUAAGAGAGACAUUUUUAUUUUACUAUUAUUUUCUGGCAGAUUUAUUUCACCGAGGCUUUUUGAAGUCGCAGGUGAUCUGAACAACUUUGAAAACGAAGGCGGAAGUUGUACUAACUUUACCCAAAAGAAACUUUACCUUUGCAACGUGAAUCAAAUCCCGGCACAUGUUGGAAUGAGUGGAUUUUAUUUUAUUUUGAAAUACUUCUCUUGGAAAUGGAGGAAGAGACGUUUUCUUCACACUUUAUUUUGAAACUAAGCGACACACAAUGAUCUAAUUACGCUUCAAGCUCUUCACUUUAUUUUCCCCGUCCGCUUUAUAAGUUGCACUUACUGCACGUGAUAUUUAAAUUUUAUAUUGUUCCCUUUUUCUUACUGUUGAUACUGUUUUUUGAUAUUUUAUUUAUUUUCUUAAGAUUAAAUUAACAUAGGAACACAGGUUUGUAACCGGUGAUGAAGAUUUAACAUAAUGAUCUAAUGACAGGAGCUCCUGUGAAUCUAUGAUGAAUAAUCGUGUGGAUGUCUUCGGACUUUAGUUUGUAAAUAUAACUUUAUGUAGUUAAUCGCUCAGAACAUGUGAAUCCAGUCCGUGCACUCAUCCUUCAUUUGAUUCAAAUCUAUUUACACGUUGUUAGUUUGAACUGGUGACGUCACUGGAUGAAGGCACAGCUGUAGUAUCAUGUUUUUCUUAUAGGAACUUCUUUACAGAAUGAGGCCUCCUACAAAUCCUAAAAUAGUCCAGGGAGUUUUCACCUCUGUCAGUUACUUUGCUUAUUAAUUUGUUUUACUACAACUGCAAACAUUUCAAGAAAAAAAAGACACUAUACAUUUUUUAAAUAACUUUCUUUAACAUUGUGAGGGUACAUUUUUUUUUUGGGACAUUUUCACCGUGUUCCCAGGGACUAAUAUCAUGUAUCUUGGUGAUUUAAAAAAAAACGACCAAAAUACAUUUGGCUUGAUUGAAUUGAAGGGGACUGAGUCAGGUUAACUCUCUACGCAAGAACCGUUCUAGUUACUUGUGACAAGGAGGUUUAUGUUGUCACCCCUGGAAAUUUAGUAAAAGGACCAAUUCAAUUUUUGAUGUGGAUCCGGAUCAGUAGGCAGAUCUACGAAGAAAUCUUUUGACAUUUUUGUUGAUUUAUUUCAGAGAAUCUUUUCUGGAUCUUGAGGGAAAUGGUUUGGAUGAGUGUUUGCAAACUGGUGCCGAAUAAAAACACGGAUCUAGUGAAUUUUACUGUGGACUCAUUAGGGGACUUUCAUUCUGUAAUAUCUAUGCUGUAAAAGGAAGUGAUGACGUGACCCUGCCACCGAGUUAGUGCCUUGUACUGUGUGUAGGGUUUACCUGGUUUAAAACUGAGGUUUAUCUGUUGGUGAGCAGGAUGCAGAAGAGGGUUCCGCAGCCAUCAUGCUUUUAUUUCAAUCUAUUUUUAUUUUCCUGAUGCUUUUUGAUUUUCCUACGUCUGCUGGUCACCAGGAAGCAAAGAAUUACUGCAUCUUGCUGUUACUGAAUAUUUUUGCCUUGAGCACAUUAGACCCGCGUCUGGAAGCAGAGUGGUUAUUUCCAUGUGUCGGGUGUCAUAGGGUCUGGACUCACUGAAUCAAUGUAGAAAUAAAUUGACGGUUAAAAUACUGUCACGUCAUUUGUUGUUUGCUGUUGUUGAUGUUUGUACUCGGGACGUUUUACCUGAGUUAAUGGAACCAAUGUGAUCCAGUCUGAAGUCGGAAAAAAACAAUGAGAAUGCCUUGACUUUCUAUAUUUUUUAAUAAAUACUUUUGUGUGUAA